GAACCAGAAAGUGUUCCGCCGCCUGAGCGUCAGAUGUCUGACCUGAUCCUACCUGAAGCAACUCUCUGGUUUCACUGCAGGACGCGUCAGCAACAGCUGUCUUGCAGCUCCGCACGGACUCCCACACGACGACAAUUACGGCCUCAGGAUUGACUUUAAACCCACUUUUCCUCCAAAGUGGUCUGGAUAUUGUAGGAAUAUUAUUACUUUUAUUUACCUCGCUUGGGAAGCCCUGGUGUGGCGGGAUCCCUUCGCAAUGCGAGGAUGGCAACCUUGCUCUCUACCCCAGGACCCAAUGCGUUCCGCCUCUUCACCCAGGAGUCACUGGAGAAGAUCAAGAAGCUCCAAGAGGAAAGAAAACAUGCAGAAGAAGUGGAAGACCAUGAAAAGGAGGAGCCAAUAGUGCCACAUGCUGAUCUGGAGGCGGGCAAAAGUCUGCCCAUGAUCUAUGGAGAUCCUCCACCAGAGAUGCUCAACACACCUCUAGAGGACUUGGACCCCUUCUACAAAGAACAGAAAACAUUCAUUGUAAUCAGCAAAGGAAACACAAUCUACAGGUUCAACGCUGAUCCAGCUUGCUACAUUCUGAGCCCUUUUAAUGUUGUUAGGAGAGGAGCCAUCAAAAUUCUCAUACAUUCAUUAUUUAGCAUGUUUAUCAUGCUUACGAUUUUGUCAAACUGUGUAUUCAUGACGAUGAGCAACCCGCCAGCGUGGAGUAAAAUUGUUGAGUAUGUUUUUACUGCUAUUUAUACCUUUGAGGCAACAGUUAAAGUGUUGUCCAGAGGUUUCUGUAUUGGACCUUUUACAUUCCUUCGAGAUCCAUGGAACUGGCUGGAUUUCAUGGUGAUCAGCAUGGCAUAUGUCACAGAGUUUGUUGACCUUGGUAAUGUGUCAGCCCUAAGGACAUUUCGUGUACUUCGAGCCCUCAAAACAAUUACAGUGAUUCCUGGUUUGAAAACAAUCGUUGGCGCCUUGAUCCAGUCAGUGAAGAAAAUGGUAGAUGUCAUGAUUCUGACAGUCUUUGCCCUUGCGGUUUUUGCCCUUGUUGGCCUUCAGCUUUUUAUGGGAAACUUGCGUCAGAAAUGUGUGCGCUGGCCUAUCCCAACAAAUGAUACGGCAUCUGACGUCUUCAACGCCACAUCCAUAUUCAACAACACCUUUGGUGUCAAUGAUACAUUUCACAACAGUACUUUUAAUUUUAUGGAAUAUGUUGAAAACUCUGAUAACCAGUAUUUUUUGGCUGGCAGUCCAGACGCUCUUCUGUGUGGAAACAGUUCAGAUGCUGGAAAGUGCCCAGAAGGAUACAUGUGCAUGAAGGCUGGGAGGAAUCCAAACUUCGGCUACACCAGCUUCGAUUCUUUUGGCUGGGCCUUCCUGGCUGUCUUCAGACUCAUGACCCAGGACUACUGGGAGAACCUUUUCCAGCUGAUUCUGAGAGCUGCCGGAAAGACGUACAUGCUGUUCUUUGUGGUGGUCAUUUUUCUGGGCUCCUUCUACCUCAUUAACCUCAUCCUGGCAGUAGUUGCAAUGGCUUAUGAUGAACAAAAUGAAGCAACUCAGAGAGAGGCCAGAGAGAAAGAGGAAGAGUUCCAACGGUUACUUGAGCAACUCAAGCAUCAAGAGCUGAGCCAAGUUCAGGGGAGCUGUGAGAGUCUAUCCAGUAAAAAGUCCUUCAGUCAUCACACACCGUCUGAGCUGGCAGAUGAUGAAAGGAGCCUCGACAAUGAUGAAUUUGUUAAGGACUGCAAUGGGAAACUUAUUCCCCAUCUAGUCAUCAACCAAAUGCCCACUGUGGAAGAGUUUCCUGCUCUUGAGGAACAGAACAAGAAGACAUUCAGCUCUGUGCACAGCAUUCUUCAUCUGGAUGACAAAAGCCUCACGCCGAGAGCUGCUAGCAUUGCGACUGUGCACUCAUCAGCAGCUCUGGAAGAGUUAGAGGAGGCUCAUCGGCCAUGCCCACCAUUCUGGUACAUGUUUGCUGAUAUUUUUUUGAAAUGGGACUGCUGCAAACCCUGGGUGGUCUUUAAAAAGUGGGUGAACUUUGUAGUGAUGGACCCUUUUGUGGACCUUGCCAUCACUAUAUGCAUUGUGCUCAAUACCCUCUUCAUGGCCAUGGAACACUAUCCCAUGACCGAAGAGUUUGAUCACCUGCUGUCAGUGGGGAAUCUGGUUUUCACUGGGAUCUUCACAGCUGAAAUGGUCCUUAAGCUUAUUGCAAUGGAUCCCUAUUACUACUUUCAAGUUGGUUGGAACAUCUUCGACAGCAUCAUUGUGACUAUGAGUCUGGUGGAGUUGGGGCUAGCUAAUGUCCAGGGCCUGUCUGUUCUCAGGUCAUUUCGUCUGCUUCGUGUCUUCAAACUGGCCAAAUCCUGGCCCACUCUCAACAUGCUGAUCAAGAUCAUUGGUAACUCCGUGGGAGCUUUAGGCAACUUGACUUUGGUGCUGGCCAUCAUCGUCUUCAUCUUCGCCGUGGUGGGCAUGCAACUUUUUGGCAAGAACUAUAAGGAUUGCGUUUGCAAGAUCUCCUCAGAUUGUGCGUUGCCACGAUGGCACAUGAACGACUUCUUCCAUUCUUUCCUCAUUGUUUUUCGCAUCCUGUGUGGGGAGUGGAUUGAGACCAUGUGGGACUGCAUGGAAGUGGCCGGACUUGGGAUGUGCUUAGUUGUCUUCAUGAUGGUCAUGGUCAUCGGAAACCUUGUGGUGUUGAACCUCUUCCUGGCCUUGCUCCUCAGCUCAUUCAGCGGCGAUAACCUCGCAGUAGGAGACGACGAUGGCGAGAUGAACAAUCUCCAGAUUGCCAUCAACAGGAUCACACAAGGCAUCGAUUGGUUUAAAAAGUUAAUCACACGAACGGUCCUGCAGAUACUGGGCCAAAAACCCAAGGAGCCUGAGCAGGCGCAGAUGGAUGACACUCCCGCUAAAUCAGAGAGCAUCGAAAUGAACCACAUGGACACAAGCCAGGAUUACAAAAUAGCAGAUGGGAUUUUGAACUGCUUGGUGGAGGGUCAGCCUUCUGGGAUCGUAGUCGAUGGAGAGCUCAGUGUCAAUGUGCCGAUCGCUCAGGGAGAGUCUGACUUGGAAAACCUGGGUGAGGAUGAUGGGGAUGAUGAGGAUGCUGCUGAUGCUGCUGUUGCUGCUCAGAGAACUACAUCAGAGACUUUGGAUGAGGAAAAUAACCAACAUCAAAUGGAAGAGUUAGAAGAUGAAUGUGACAGGCCUUAUGAACAUCAUAUGUCUAGAUCUGUCAAACUGAUCGGUGCUUUGGAAGACGGGGAGUCUUCCGAGUGCAGCACAGUGGAUUAUCAACCACCUGAACUGGAACCUGAAGUGGAAGAAGAAGAAGAGGAGCCCGAGCCAGUGGAACCAGAGGCCUGCUUCACCGAAGACUGUGUGAGACGCUGGCCCUGUCUGACUGUGGACAUUACACAAGGUAAAGGCAAGAGUUGGUGGAACCUCCGCAGGACCUGCUUCACCAUUGUGGAACAUGACUGGUUUGAAACCUUCAUCAUUUUUAUGAUUCUCCUCAGCAGUGGAGCUCUGGCUUUUGAAGACAUAUACAUCGAAAAACGUCGGACCAUCAAAAUCAUUCUGGAGUUUGCUGACAAAGUUUUCACCUACGUCUUUGUCAUUGAGAUGCUCCUUAAAUGGGUGGCAUAUGGCUUCAAGACCUACUUCACCAAUGCUUGGUGUUGGUUAGACUUUUUCAUUGUAGAUAUUUCCCUGAUUAGUUUAGUUGCCAACUGGCUGGGCUAUUCUGAACUUGGACCAAUCAAAUCCCUCAGAACCCUCAGGGCACUAAGACCUCUUCGAGCACUGUCGAGAUUUGAAGGGAUGAGGGUGGUGGUGAACGCUCUUGUUGGAGCGAUUCCGUCCAUCUUCAAUGUGCUGCUGGUGUGUCUGAUCUUCUGGCUCAUCUUCAGCAUCAUGGGCGUUAACCUCUUUGCUGGCAAGUUCUACCGUUGUAUCAAUGCCACCACUGAGGAGCUUUUCUCUCUCACUGAGGUCAACAACAAGACCGAAUGCCUGGCCACAGAGGACGCUCGCUGGGUCAAUGUCAAAGUCAACUAUGACAAUGUUGGGAAGGGGUACCUGUCCCUUCUUCAAGUGGCAACAUUUAAAGGGUGGAUGGACAUCAUGUAUGCUGCAGUUGACUCAAGAGAGGUCGAGGAGCAACCCUCUUAUGAGAUCAAUCUCUACAUGUACAUGUAUUUUGUCAUCUUCAUAAUCUUCGGUUCAUUCUUCACACUCAACCUCUUCAUUGGCGUCAUUAUCGACAACUUCAACCAACAAAAGAAAAAGUUUGGAGAUAAAGACAUCUUUAUGACAGAGGAACAAAAAAAGUACUACGAUGCCAUGAAGAAGUUGGGCUCCAAGAAGCCACAGAAACCAAUACCACGUCCAAAAAACCCAAUCCAAGGUGUGGUGUUCGACUUCAUCAGUCAGCAGUUUUUUGACAUCUUCAUUAUGGUGCUGAUCUGCCUCAAUAUGGUGACCAUGAUGGUGGAGACGGACGACCAAAGUUUAGAGAAGGAGGAUUUCCUCUUUAAACUCAAUGUGGCUUUCAUUGUUGUUUUCACCGGGGAAUGUGUCUUAAAGCUCUUUGCCCUGCGACAAUACUUCUUCACCAAUGGAUGGAACAUUUUUGAUUUUGUUGUGGUCAUCUUGUCUAUAGCUGGUAUAAUGCUUGCAGACCUGAUAGAGCAGUACUUUGUGUCACCCACUCUCUUCAGAGUGAUCAGACUGGCCAGAAUAGGCAGGAUUCUGCGUCUAAUUAAAGGUGCCAAGGGCAUUCGGACACUUCUUUUUGCAUUAAUGAUGUCUCUUCCUGCCUUAUUCAACAUUGGCCUCCUGCUCUUCCUCAUUAUGUUCAUCUUCUCCAUAUUCGCCAUGUCAAAUUUUGCCUAUGUCAAAAAGCAGGCUGGAAUUGAUGACAUAUUUAAUUUCGAGACAUUUGGUGGCAGCAUUAUCUGUUUGUUUGAGAUUACAACAUCAGCCGGCUGGGAUGGGCUUUUACUUCCAAUGCUUAAUCAAGAGUCUCCGGACUGUGAUCCAGACUUUGAGAACCCAGGCACUGAUAUAAGGGGUAACUGCGGCAGCCCGGGCAUGGCCAUGAUGUUCUUCUGCAGCUACAUUAUCAUCUCAUUCUUGGUGGUGGUCAACAUGUACAUUGCCAUCAUCUUGGAGAACUUCAAUGUGGCCCAGGAGGAGAGCGGUGACGCACUCUGUGAGGAGGACUUUGAGAUGUUCAACGAGACUUGGGAGAAGUUUGACCUAGAUGGAACUCUAUUCAUUGAUUAUAGCCGUCUGUCUGAUUUUUGUGACACGCUGCAGGAGCCGCUGAAGGUGCCCAAGCCUAAUAGACUACGCUUGAUUGAAAUGGACCUGCCCUUGGUCAUUGGGGACAGGAUUCACUGCUUGGACGUGUUGUUGGCUGUCACUGAGAUGGUCUUGGGCGAUACGGUGGAAAUGGCAGCAAUGCGCGAAAGCAUUCAGGCUAAGUUUAUCCUCAGCAACCCUUCUUCUGACUCCUUCAUGCCAAUUACCACAACCGUACGCCACAUUGAAGAGGAGAGGGCUGCCGUGGUCAUCCAGAGGGCUUAUCGUACGCACCUGUUGAGGCGCUGCAUAGCUCAUGCUGCAUUUUUGCAUCGCUCCAAGAGGUCCGAGAGACAGCACGAAGGCACAGCUCCACCAGAAACAGAAGGUCUCCUUGCACAAAAGAUGGCAGUAUUGUAUGGGAGCAACAUUGAACUCGCAGAGGAGAUGGAUCAGGCUGCUUCACAGACUCAACUAACCCUGCUACCUGUCCAGCCUGAGACACUGACUCUUCACACUGGGGCUGAAAGCACAGAGCCAAAUCUCAUGGUUGUACCUGUAGAAAUAACCAAUGAAGUUUUACUACAUUCUGCCCCCAACCAACAACUCUUCACGCUACAUGGGAACCUGAGAGAGUCGACUGUAUAACAAAGAGCAGAGUAAUUCUCUUUUUCCCCACAACAGUGAAGUCAAGUGGUGUUCACAGCUGAUGUCGUGCCAUUAUAUUAUAGAUUUUUAAAUUCAACAAAUGAUUUCCUGUUAUGUAAUUUUGAAGCGGCCUUUGAGAUGAAGACUCCAGUGAAACCAAAGUGGUUUUCUGUGAUAACUAUACAGACUUCAGUAUAUGAAUUAAAAUCAACAGCACUUUGGAAGAUGUGAAAUUGUAAUUAUGUUUACCAGAUAAAAAUUUAUAAGCAAAAGUGGCUCAAACCUUGUGUCACAUACAAUCAGGAACAUAACAAUUUGGGCUGUACAACAGUAGAUUCAAAAUGAAGAAAUCAAAAUGUGUUUGUAG